AUGCCUGAUGUACGAAAAGUUCAAUUUCUGAAAGACUUCUUCUAUGCUAUCGAGGAAGCACACGAUUCAGGGGUAGUCCUAGCAUACCACGAUGCGGGAUCUGACGGUGGGAUCUUCACAGCUAUCGUGGAGAUGAUAUUUGCUGGGAGAUGCGGUGCAAGCCUUCUCUUGGAGAAUUUCUGCCGAAACGAGACAGCGGACAUCAUUUCCACACUCUUCACGGAGGAGCUUGCGGCAGUCUUCCAAGUCGGAAAGAGAGAUGAGACUAUGUUCAAGCGAUGCUUCGCCAAUUGUGGUCCACCACCUGAGAUGAUCGAAAGGAUUGGCACUGUCACAUCUGAUCAGGAGCUUUCUAUCUACCACAACGCCGACCCAGCCUCGCUUCUUUAUCGCAACCGUCGUUCAGAGCUACAGAAAUUCUGGAGCAGCACAUCUUAUCACAUGCAGCGCGUACGCAACAAUCCGGAUUGUGCAGAUACAGAACAGGCAACGUUCGAAGAUGACUCCGAUCCAGGUCUGUCCUAUAAUAUCACCUUCGGCCCUGCAGAACCUUUGCACGGAAAAAGCUUCCUGAAUUCUGCUCCGUCUCUCGCUUCCAAGUUCUCGCAGAGAUUAUCCCUCAAACAGAAGCCACUUGUUGCCAUACUGCGCGAACAGGGUGUCAACGGAGCGAAGGAGAUGGCGUACGCCGGUUUCCUAGCCGAGGACGUACAUAUGACAGAUCUCAUUUAUGGCCGCAAGUCUUUCUCUUCCUUUGUGGGGCUUACAGCGUGUGGAGGGUUUUCGGAUGGCGAUGUCUUAGGUGCUGGGAGAGGUAGUGAGUAUUCUUUCGCUUUGAUCUCUUCUUGUGGUAUGUUGAAAAACUGA